AUGAAGAGCCUGCAGCGGCUUCAAUUUUACGGGGAUGUAGAUCGCAUCGAAAAAUCGGACGAACUAUUCCACGAACUCUACGACAUCUUCAACAAGGGCGACCAAGUCUUCUAUAUGAGCAACAGCGGCAUGGUGAUCACCAACGAGACGGCGAAGUCGUUCGCGAAGAAAACAGUAACUGGUGAAAACCGGAAAUUCUCCGGAUCAUUCAACCUCAACCGCCCGAUCGAUUGGACCGAUUUUGACGAGGAGUCAAGAGCUUGGCCCGAUUAUGGCAGUAUCCACAACUCCAACGAAAAAGGGAGCAGCGCCAUCUACUACACGGCCGGCAACAUCAAGGUGUUCAUUGAU